AUGAUAAAUACGCGCAAAUACAUAAACGAUAUCAAAACUGUUGCAACUCAGCUAGAAGAAUACGCCACCCAGUGCUUCAAGGAUGUAUCCGAUUAUUUCCUACAACUACACAACUUCCUACAAAAUGAGGAACAUCGCAUUUUAGAAGACUUACAUUUCCAAUGUAUGGAACCCCAGCAGACUAUUCGAGAUGCAUUUGGAAGACUAGGCGAGUCACAGAGUAUUUUAAAUAAAAUGCGCACCGAAUUGGAACAAUAUCAGCGAGGAGUACCUGUGGAUAUACAUCUACGCAAUGUGUUCGAUAAUUACAAUGCCCAAUUAGAGCAGAUUGAAUGCCAUGUACAUAUUUCAGAACUUACAAAAAGUCCUUUCACUUUUGAGGUAAAACACGAUAUGCGCAAAGAUUUUUCACAAUUUUUCAGUCUCAAUUACGUCGAUCCAAAGAUCAGCUUACGCUUCACGCCCGUCUAUAGUGAUUUAAAUCAAACUUUCGGCGAAGUAAGAUCAGAUACAUCCGAUGAAAUGGAUGUUGACCGUUACACUGAAAAGCACAAACGUAAAAAUAAUGAAAAGAAUAAAAAGAAACGACAAGCACAACGACAAAACGACAACGAAGAUGAUGUCUCCAAUAACGACAACACUUCGGAUACGGAAACACAAGUCCCGGUACUGCGCGACAAAGGGCUGGUGCGCAUCAGCUAUGUGAAAUCGCCAGAACAUUUCUAUGUACAAACUAAGAAUGCAAUUCGCCAAAUACGGGAACUUUCAAAUAAAUAUGUAAAUUUCAUGCAAACCGAUGUAAUACCGAAAGUUAUCGCUGAAGGCCAAUGCUAUAUGACUUAUCAUGCCGAUGAUAAUCAAUGGUAUCGCGCUAUGGUGAAGAAAACACUAUCACAGGAUCUCUAUAAGGUGUUUUUAGUCGAUUUCGGCUUGCACGUGGAAAUGCCAAAAGAACGAUUCUGUGAAAUCGAUCGCAAAUCGCUUAACGUUCCCUUCGCUGCCAUCCGUUGCGCCAUAAAUGAUAUAAUGCCGGCAGGUAAAGCAUGGAACGAAGAGGCUAAUAAUUUACUUAUAGAAAUUACACGCAAUCAAUUUGUGCGCAUCAGCAUUAUCGAACGCAUCAAGGAAAAUAUACUUUCAGUUGAUCUAAUCACUACUUCGGGCGAAGAAACGAUUUCGGUGCGGGAUUCUUUUUUAUACACCGGCCUGGCGCGGGAGAGGUCAGGCGAAGCGAACAUGCCGCCACCACUUAAGAAAAUAUCUCCCACGGCGCGUACAAGUCAAAGAUUGCCGAAACAUUAUUUUCAUAAUGGGGAUAUGUUGGUUGUAAAAGUGGGAUAUAUUGAAAAUCCGCAUAUUUUCUAUGUUAUAAAGAUGGACACUAUUGAGGCAGCACAAAGUCUGAAAACCAAUUUGAAUUUCAAAUAUUCGGACUCGACUAUGACAUUGCAACCUAUUUUUGUGGCUCCACUACAAAUGUGCUGUGCUGUACAUAUCGAGGAUAUAUGGCACCGAGCACGCGUCGAGGAAAUACGCGGCGGUGGCAAAAUUCUUGUACACCUCGUAGACGAAGGUUCACAACAAAUUGUUAAUUGGCGUCAAAUUUACCCACUUACCAACAAAUUUCGCAGUCAAAAGGAGUUCGCCAUCAAAUGCGCCCUAGCCGAUGUCGAACCGUUGCAAAAUAAUAACUACGCCUGGACUGCUGAAGCCAUUCGCGAAUUUAGCCAACUGUCUGCCAAUCCCACAUUACAAAUGACCAUCCUCUCAUCCAGUCAAACUACAUUCCGAGUAUCAUUGCAUGUUUGCAAAAAGCAUAUGGACAUCAAUAUUGGCGCAAUGCUUGCCAAGUACGGGCACUGCAUAUCGACUGGUGAGAGUUCGCAAGUGGUGGAAGUUUUGAAAACGCCAAAGAAACGCUUGAAUUUACCUAUGAAUCCAUUGACAGAUGGCUUGCCGGUAAAUAUGAAUUUCAAAGACAAAGACAUGACAUUGCAGGGCAAUAACCCACAUACGACGGACGCCGUAGCGCGCAGUAGUAACCCUGUAAAGGUGCUCAAACGCACACCAGUCAAUGUUAUGCAUAUCGCAGAUCCUGGCGAGUUUUAUAUAAAUAUUUCCAGUCUCACAACAGGCAUUACCAAAUUUCACAAUCAAUUGCAACAGGCACAAAGUGAUGAACAAUCAAAUGCAUCGAGCUUUUCAUUAAGCUCGCAAAAUACGAAAAAUUGGUCUGUUGGCGAACGCUGCUUGGUCUAUACGAAAUAUAAAAGUGACUAUGCCAAGAAUAUAAAUAUUUCAUCCAGUCAGCGCGAAUGGUAUCGCGCUAUUAUAAUUUUGAUAAAAACUGAAGUCGAAUGUCAAACUUAUACGGUAUUUUUGCGUGAUAUCGGUGCUACCAUCGCAGGUAUUACCGGUGAUCAGCUGAGAGUUAUAGAUCAUCAGUGGGAUCGCGUAACAAAUGCAGUGUAUCGCUGUCACUUGGCAUGCGUCGAGCCAACCGGUGGCAUGUCGACAUGGUCCCAUUCCGCCAUCGAUUAUUUCAAACACACUGUCAUCUCAUUUGAAUCACUUUCCGCAACUAUGCAAGGUAAACGCACGCCUGAUUCAAACUCACUACCCAUUGUGCUUUGGGGUACAAUCACCGAAACCGAGGAUCCCUUGGCGCCUUGCAUAUCGAAGCAUUCGAUAAUCAAUCGUAUUCUAGUGAAAGCCGGGCUUGCACAUUCGGUGCAACGCUUGGACGUUACAGAACAACUUGAUAAAUUGCUGCAAAUGGAGUUGGCGGAAGGCGAGAUUACCAUGGAGGAGUGGAAUAAGAAUUUCUCGGCUAAUGCCGCGAUAAAAGAAAUUGAUCGUUGUGCACAACAGCCAACCAAUGACUUCAAUAAAUGGAAGGACACUGAUAAUUUUGUAAGAGCUGAUGAGCGGCAUGAUGGCGAACACAUACCUCAGCUGAACUUCAUCUUGGAUAUCGAAAUGAAUGAUGAGGCCAGCAGCAAACCCACGGUUUUCACUGCAAAAGCACCUGAAGCUUGGCUGCACUCUAAACCAAAUGAUAAAUCAAUUUUCGCCGCCAUACCAACAUACGUCGACUAUGAGGCCAUUAUUUACUUGCACGAUGCAAACGAUGAGGACUUGCUUAACGAAAUGCGAGCACACUUCAUGAAAAUUUACAGCGAAUAUCAAUUGCCGAACGCCUUCGUCCCCACCUACACACCCGGUCAGGGUUGUUUGGUGCGCUAUCAUGUGGAUAAGCGUUUGUAUCGCGGCAUUAUACAAGAACUAAAGAAAGACGAUUACAUUGUACAAUUUAUUGACUACGGCAAUGUCGAGUCAGUUAAAUAUCAAGACUUGUAUCCGUUUGCGCCAUACCCGAAGUUGCCGCGUAUAGCACAUAAAUAUCGUAUUGGGGGUAUAUGUGCCAAGGCCGAUAACGGUGUCUAUACCACAGAUGUGCUCGAUAUUAUACAUGUCACAAUUGUGGAAAAACUUGUUUCCGUACGUGUAGCCGCCGCCGAGCUACAAAAGCCGAUAAAGGCGUGUAGUAUGCGUUUGUCCAAGAUGGAUGUUGCAGAGUAUCUCAUUGAAGGUGGGCAUGUUCUGCGAGAAACUGCGCAAGGUCGUCGCACAAUUAAGCCACAACAUAAGAAAUUGAAACCGUUUGCUAAUAUGGAGUUGACCACUGAUAAUGAUGAUGACGCUGAUGGCGCUGACAAAGCUUUACCGGACAUAAAAGCGGAUACAAUUUUCCAAUUUAAGUACACUAAACACCAUCACGACCAUGAUGAGGACAUCAAAGUUACCGACUCGAGCGACAGUGAUAACUCAAUUGCAAGUUUCCUCGAUAUGCUGAUUGAUAAUUUAGACGAUCACGUUCACCUAAAUAGUGAUGAAUGCGUUAAUGACGACCUAAUGCGUGAUGAUCGCAUGCCAACGAUGACAACGCCAGCACAGGCCGCACAUUUGACACUGCAACAGGAGCAAACACACCAACAGACAUUUGUGCCACCUUGCAAGAAGCGCAUGUUCGACACCAACGAGUACAAGCAAAUGCAUAAACAAAUGUUGCAUGAAAAUUUGUAUGGCAGUGAACAUUUUAUGAAAAGUGAAUUGGCCGCCAUACAAAGUGACAAUGUUUGCAGUGGCGGUGACAUGAGUGCAGCUACAGUCGCUGGCAUUUGGGGUAUUGGAGAUGAUGACGACGAUGCCGCCGUUGUAGAGUUGGAACAGAGUUUUGCGCUAAACUACUGGCAUACCGUAGACGAUGAUACAGAACGUCAAAAGGCUAAGGAAAAAGAAAAGCAUGUGGAGAAAGAGAUAAAGAAGGAAUUGAAGAAGGAGAAGGCAAAGGAGCAACAACAGAGGACACUAGAGAAACCAAGGGGUAGAGAAAUAGAAAUACGCGACAGUGCCAGCUUUGCGCUACGACCACGGCAGGUCUUUGAAACAUCAGCUUUCGACAAAUUCUUUCCCAAUGAAACCUCCUCGGUAUUCUCAUACUUUAGCGGUUUCGAAUGCUUCAGAAAUCCCCACUUGCCAGUUGGUAAGCGCACUUUCGAAUGCAGUGUGGCUUGCGUUGUUACACCAACCAUUGUUCAACUUCUUCCACAUCUCACCGAAUUCAAAUAUCGUGAACUGGAACUACAGCGGCGUAUUAAACAUUUGGUAAAAACUUCACCGCCACUCACCGAUUUCGAACCGCGCACAAUUUGCCUCGCGCAAUACCCCAAGGAUAAGAAGUGGUACCGCUCAGUCAUACGCUCUCAUAAUCCGGUCGCGAAGCAAGUUGAUGUACUUUUUGUCGAUUACUUGAAUACCGAAUCAGUGGCAAUCACUCACCUCAAGCAAUGCCCACUCGAAUUGAUUAAUUGGCCACUGCGCACAAUACGCGCAAGUCUACAUGGUUUGAUACCGAAUCCGCGCUUACGCGAAAAGGACAUACGGCAGGCAUUACAAAAUGUUGUGCUCAAGCGCACAGUGAUUGGACGUAUCGUCAAGGAGUCGAAGCAUUUGGACAACACGACAUCUGAUGUGAAUAUUAGUAAAUUUGCAGGUUCGGAAGAGGUUGGAGAAAUGUGUGCGGGCAGUCAUCAGCAGGACUUGGAUGAUAUUUUGGAAGUGAACUUAUACAAUAACGAUGUGGAUAUACAAAAUAAGAAUUAUACCCUCGCAUAUGAGGCACUCAUACAAGACAGUUUCUAUUCGUAUAAGAAUGCAUAGAUGUGGAUGUCUGCAAAGGGUUUUUGCAUAACACAAGAUAAUCCUUAUUCCAUAAUCAAUAAUCCAUUUGGCAUUUAUGCUUGAAUUACCGUAAUAAUUUAAUUAUUUUAUAUAUACAUUUUAUAUACAAAUACAUCUACAAGGAUUUCACUACUUCAUUAUUUUUGUUCUGAAUACCGCAAUAGAAUUUAUUGCGUUGAAAUUAUUCAACAUUCCCUAUUACUUUGUUAUUUUUUAUUCUUACUGGAAUUUACUUGU